AUGUUAGCCCCCCUCCAUCGAACCGCUUCAGAACGGAUCCGCAAAUCAAAACAACUUUUAUUUUUUUCCAACCGAAUCUUUUUGGAUUUAGUCGCUAAAUAAGUGAGACUUGUAAACGCGUUGCCCGCUCCCAGCAGUUAACAAUGGCUGGCAACUUCUGGCAAAGUUCACACCACCAGCAGUGGAUCCUGGACAAGCAGGACCUGAUUCGCGAGCGCCAAGACGAUCUGAAAACAUUGACCGAUGAGGAAUAUCAGAAAAUCUUCAUGUUUUUCGCCAACGUAAUCCAGGUGCUGGGAGAGCAGCUAAAAUUGCGCCAGCAGGUCAUCGCAACGGCGACCGUCUACUUCAAGCGGUUCUACGCAAGAAAUUCACUGAAAUGCAUCGACCCGCUGCUGCUGGCACCGACUUGCAUUUUGCUUGCAUCGAAAGUCGAAGAGUUUGGCGUAAUUUCCAACUCCCGGCUCAUCACCACUUGCCAAACUGUGAUCAAGAACAAGUUCAACUACGCAUACCAGCAGGAGUUUCCCUACCGGACGAACCACAUCUUGGAGUGUGAGUUUUAUUUGCUGGAAAAUUUGGAUUGCUGUUUGAUCGUCUAUCAACCUUACCGUCCGCUGCUGCAACUUAUCCAAGAUAUUGGCCAGGAAGAGCAGCUGCUAACGUUGACAUGGCGUUUGAUCAACGAUUCUCUCAGGACGGACGUUAGUUUGCUCUAUCCUCCGUAUCAGAUUGCGAUUGGCUGCCUCCAGAUAGCGUGUGUAAUUUUGCAAAAAGAGCUGAAAGCUUGGUUUGCCGAGCUGAACGUCGACAUGGAAAAGGUUCAGGAGAUUGCGCGGGCCAUCCUGAACUUGUUCGAGCUGUGGAAGAGCUACGACGAGAAGGAGAUACAAGGCCUGCUGGAGAAAAUGCCCAAACCAAAACCGGCACCGCAGCGGUGAUUUGGCGCAGAGCUGCAUGGUUUGAUUUUAUUCUACAUUUUUUCUACUUUCUGUUUAUGUAUGAGAUAGUUUCAUAUUUUGAAGAUUGUCGCGUGUAACUGUGGAUGUUUUUGAUUGUGAACUUAAAACAUACUCACCGUUCUCUAACCAAUCUAUCAAUCCAGUUUAUUUUUCAUUCUGUAAAUGUUUUCACAUUCAUGUAGAAAAUGUUCAAAAUUAUGCUAAAAUAUGUCUGUUUUACACUUCAAAAACAAUUCAACUUUGCAAAGCUUUCUUUGCGAAGUUGAAUCAUUUACAUUUUCUUCAAACCUACUGGAAUUAUGAUCAUAUAUAAAACGUGGUAUAUUGAACUGAUAGCUGUAACACAAGUAAUAUAAACUACUUCAAAGAUA